AUGGCGGGUGACUUGAACAGAUUGUGUGACCAAAUACAAAGAUGGCUGCUGGAGGAUAAUGAAGAAGACGACAUUUCGAGCGAUAGUGAGGAAGGCGGAGAAUUCGCGGAACAAAGUGGCCUGCUUGGAUCUCCUCACCAUUCUGAUACGGAGCAAGAUGGCGAGGAAGACGAGGAGGAAGAUGAAGACGUGCCUCUAUUGGCUUUGGCUUCUUAUCAGUCUCGUAAUGGUACAAAAUGGAGCAAGAUUGCACCGCCCACUUCAAGAACGAGAUCUCACAUCAUCUUACUCCGUCCAUCAGGCUCAUUAGCUAAAAUGUUUCGUCAUGUAACAGCUGCGGAGAAGGAGAAUUCGGAGAUGGCUGUGGGGAGAAAGUAUUUGGGAGUAACUCUGGAGAAGGUGAUUGAUGGUAGGAUGGGGAUGGCUGUGAAGAAGUUGAUGGACGAUAAUUUGGGGAUCGCUGUGGAAAAGGAUAUGGAUGGUAGGAUGGGGAUGGCUGUGAAGAAGUUGAUGGACGAUAAUUUUGGGAUGGCUGUGGAAAAGUAUAUGGAUAGUAUGGAUGGGGAUGGCUGUGAAGAAGACAGUGCAUUUUCUCUAACAGAAAAUAUGAUGAAACCUUACGCUGGAACUCAUAAUAAGGGAUCAAAAGAGCGCGUGUUUAAUUACCGCCUUUCACGAGCCCGAAGGAUUGUUGAAAAUGUCUUUGGCAUUAUGUCUCGGUAUACGGUAUCCAAAAUUGUGAUGACCUGUGCAUUGCUACACAACUUUUUAAGACGGUCUAAAAGGUCUAGACUUAUAUAUAGCCCUAUUGGAUCCUUUGAUACUGAGAAAGAUGGCGAGAUUCAGCCCAGUUCUUGGCGCGACGACCAAAGCGGAGUUACUUCCUUACUGCCUCUGCAAAAUCGUCCAAGAAGAACACUUCUUUCCGCCAAGGAUAUAAGAGACCAAUUUGCAGAAUAUUUUAUAACGAACGGUGCCGUUGCAUGGCAAAAUAAUUAUUAA